AUGAAUAAACGAGACAUGAUGCUAGGUCCGAGGCCGACCAAGGCCUGUGGUGUGUGCAUAGAAAACAACCGUCCCAAAUACGAAGCUAACGGAAUGUCCAGUCAAUUGCCGGCGAUUAAAGGCAUGCGCGAUAAGCAUAUUCCCAAAGACUCCCGAUUAACUUCUUCUAGAUGCGCUGUGAUGUGUCAGGGGCACCUCCUUGUCGUCGCUGUCGAAGCGUCCGCUCUACACGACAUGCGGGAUGAGAACCAGGAAACAAAUGUGUCGAGACCAUCGAUGCAUGAUCAUCAGGCGGUUCUGGAUCGGUUAGAGAGAAUUGAGGCUGCGCUGGGAAUUGGAGAUGCACCCGAUGAAGCUCCCGUGUCUCAUGAAGGCAUAGAUGAAGAUGAAGGUGUCCCCUUGCGAGGAGUCUGGAAAGCUGUUGCCCAUCUAAGAUCGAUUACACGGCCGCCCCCGGACGAGAGUAUUUGGUCACGACCUAUUGUUAAACGACUGUGGAGUUCCUUCUUGACUAAUUUGCCACUUCUUCACUUCUUGCAAGAUCGUGAUGCAUUUGCCUCGCCAACACCCCUAUUGCUUGCAUCUAUCCUGUACAUUUCAGCCCUCCACAACCAGUCCUCUGAGCUAGCAGCAAUGGAAUCAGGCUACUUUGCAGCGAUGUGCAGCACAGUAGCUGGGCUAGUCACUCCAUCGUUCCACCCAAGAUCUCGCAUCACAGAGGUUCAUAUAGAAGGGCAGGAUUCUCCACCGGUCAAAAGACACAAAGCAUUCCACAACAUUCUCGGCUUGAUCAUGGCAAGCCUAAGCUCAGAAGCUUACAUCGAAGCCACAGGUUCGUGGAUUGCUAUGGCGUAUCGCCUUUGGCUCGAUCAUUGCCCCUCUGAGCUGGAUGAUUCUAUUACAGAUUGGCGAGGCUUGUUUUCUGGCCUUCAAGUCAUUGAUAUCGAACACGCUUCAAUGCACAUGUCCUACCCUCUUCUCCCUCGCCAGCCUCCAACACCAGGUAGUCCGCGUCUUGACAGCUACCAAGGCAACGCUUUCCAGGGACUUGCGGAAAUGAUGCAUUACGGUCUGAGCCACUUUGUCGGCAGAGGCCUGCCGACAAUCUGGUGUUCGAUAAAUACCGAAUUCGCUGACAGGGCGCCCAUACCUCGAAAUUCGUUCACAGAGCAUGAUUCUGAGGUCAUUCGUCUCUGGGCUCGUAAGCUUGACGACUGGCUGGUUAAGUAUAAUGGUGCCUCUCAGCCUUCUCCGUCCGAUCGACAGGGAAUCUUAAUCUUGCUGCAGUAUCAUUUGCACAAGCUCUAUGUGCUGUCUAUCUAUCAUCCCGCACGAGGAUUUGAUAUCAGUUCAGCGAAUAUUGGCUCUGUUGAGAGGCAUGAAUUGCUGGUCUCGGCACGGGCUGUCUUAAGAUUGAGGCAUAAUGAUGCUAGCAUUUGGUCAAACUGGGAUCUGAUAAUGAUCACUUGGGCGGCCAUUCUACUCCUUCGCGGCGUUGAAGAUGGAAUGACACACCAGGACGAUCUACACCUAAUCCAAGCUCACCUCCAAAGUCUGGAGAGAAGCCAUCAACCAGCAGCCAGUAUUCACACCGUUCUUUCACAACAACUCGAAUCUAGCAUGCAAGCAAUGCACACGCCUCCAGAUACAAGCACGGCAUUGGCACUCCCAGGCCCCCUGGCAGAUGACUCGUGGACACUAUUUGACCAGGAAAUUAUGCCCCUCGCAAACCCACCAUGGCUAUUUGAUGAUUGUACCUCGUUCCCAAAUCAGAAGCCUUCAAACGAGAUACAAAUGCAAGGCUUAUCUUCGGUUGAGUAUGAUUCUAGUAUCUCGAACAGUGUGCAAUAUGCAUCUCAUGUGCAAUGGCCCUCCACGGAACAAAUACAAAGUGCGUUUCCAUCGACGUUGAACAGAAUAUUCGGGAGUGAGAAUUAA